AUGGCCGAGGCGUGCCCGCGCAUGAUGACGUCACUAACGACGCUGACGCAGCGGCGGGACGCCGACGUGCAGGAGCUGGCAUCCAGGCGCGUGGACGUGCAGAGGAAGCGCUUCUACCUGGACGUCAAGGAGAGCGCGCGCGGCCGCUUCCUGAAGAUCGCGGAGGUUUGGGUCGGCGGCGGCGACUGCCGCGGCGACAGCGUGCGCAAGAGCAAGCUGACGCUGUCCAUGUCUGCGGCGCCGGAGCUGCGCUUCCGCCUGGCGGACUUCAUCGAUUACUACGCGCGCAUCGGACUGCGGGGAAGCGCCGCCCCUCUGCCCCGAACUCCGCCGGAGCAGCAGCAAGGCCACGGCCAGAUGCACCGCCAGCAGGAGCGCCGUCAGCAGGAGCGCCGUCAGCAGGAGCGCCGUUACCACGAACGCUCCACAUCGCCGUCCACGCACCGCGCGCUAAAGAGCGAGCUCAUGGAGCGAGACAACAGAAAGUACUACAUGGACCUCAAGGAGAACCAGCGGGGCCGCUUCCUGCGCAUCCGGCAGACCGUCAGCAAAGGCCAAGGCGACAUCGGCUACUACGGUCAGGGCGUCGAGCAGACCAUCGUGCUGCCCGCGCAGGGGAUCAUCGAGUUCAGGGACGCGCUGUCUCAGCUGAUCGACGACUACGGCGAUGAGGCGGCGGGUCGCCGCCAUUGCCGCGGCGACGACGAGCAGGCCGAGCUGCCGGAGGGAGCGUCCUUCCGUGUGGACAACAAGCGCUUCUACUUCGACGUGGGCGCCGACCGACGCGGUGUCUUCCUGAAGGUCAGCGAGGUGCGGCAGGCGUACCGCAGCGCCAUCACCGUGCCGCUGAAGGCAUGGCUGAGGUUUGGCGAGAGCUUCGCCCACUAUGAGGAGGCGAUGCGGCGAAUCCUUGCCGAGAGGAGGAAUGAGCUUCGCGGCAAGGACUGCGACGAGCGAGAGGGCUGA